AUGAGUGUAAGCUACCCCGCCAUCGGCCGAGACACCAAGCUGACUAGGUACGUACUUUUCCACCCCGAAGCAGAACACCACUGCCAAUCUGGAAACGACAUCGUCGCCAACAUCAUCACCAACCUCGACACUCUGUCUGCCAUUUCUGCUACCAGUAUCCGACCCCCACCAUCCAGCUAUUUUUCGAGAGCUUACAACCUUGAGGGUUCCCGGUUCCCACUCGGCAAAGCUCACCGAUCACCUACCCAAACUCAGUCCCAGCAUCAACACUCCAGAAUACACAACCAACACGCAACAUCGCCCAUCAUGUCGAGCAAGCGCAUCGCCAAGGAACUAACCGAAGUCACCACGACCCCUCCCACGGGCAUGACAAUCACCCUCGCCCGCGACUCCGACCUCCACGCCUGGCACGUCUCCCUCACCGGCCCCGAAAACACCCCCUACGCAGGCGGCACCUUUGCCGUCCUCGUCGACCUCCCUAAGGACUACCCCUUCAAGGCCCCCGUCGUCAAGUUCGCCACCCGCAUCUACCAUCCCAACAUCACAAACGACGCCAACGGCAACAUCUGCCUCGGCAUGCUCAAAUCCGAAAACUGGAAGCCCGCCACCAAGCUCGCCGCCGUCCUCGAGGCCGUCCGCUCCCUCCUCGUUGAACCCCUGCCCGACGACCCCCUCGAGGCCCGCAUCGCCGACGAGUUCAAGAAUAACCGCCCCGAGUUUGAGAAGAAUGCAAAGCAGUACGUCACGCGCUACGCAAAGGGCCCGGCUAGCUUUGCCGCCUCUGAAGCGCCUGCCAAAUGA